AUGCAGAAAGCACACCGCGGCGGCGGCCGAAAAACGGAAGCGCUCCAAUCCACCGCCAGCGGCGGCGGAAAACGGAAGCGCUCCAAUCCACCGCGAGCGGCAGCUGAAAAACAGAAGCGCUCCAAUCCACCGCCAGCGGCGGCCGAAAAACGGAAGCGCUCCAAUCCACCGCGAGCGGCGGCUGAAAAACAGAAGCGCUCCAAUCCACCGCCAGCGGCGGCUGAAAAACGGAAGCGCUCCAAUCCACCGCCAGCGGCGUCCGAAAAACGGAAGCGCUCCAAUCCACCGCCAGCGCCAGCGGUCCAUGCACCCGAAUCACCCGAAAGAUCGAGCCCGAUCGGGCGUCGAUACUGCGGCAUGGGCAACCAUAUGCUCAGAGAGCCACACACCAGGGUGACUGAUCGACAAGUUCUCCACUUUGGACAGAAAAUAAAUUCUGAACUGCGGCCUCUUACGCCACUUUGCCAGGUUUGUUACGAUAAACUGGAGGAAAUUUAUAAAUAUAAGGCAUAUAAUGCGCGAGAGCAUCAAAGGAGGAAGCAGGCCGAGAGCGUCUCGGACGUGAGCUCAAGUCAGCGACAAGCCAACUCCUCGGACAACAGCUCGACGACGUCCACCUCCGUCCCACGUAGAUUGGCGACGGCCACAGCGGCAAUUAGACGACCAACCCCCGUGCCCGUCCUUACAACUGUUAGCGAGGAUGACAUGCCCACAACUAGCGCGGCUGCCGCGGAAAAACGGAAGCGCUCCAAUCCACCGCCAGCGGCACAGCAUGUCACACAGUCAUCGCAAAGCCCAUAUGUGAGCGAUGAAGAUGAUCCCAACUCGAACGUGCGCCUGAAUGAGGUGAAUGGGACGCGGUUGCCACACAUCCAGCCGAUACCCAAGCGACGCCAGGUGGCCGAGAGCGUCUCGGACGUGAGCUCAAGUCAGCGACAAGCCAACUCCUCGGACAACAGCUCGACGACGUCCACCUCCGUCCCACGUAGAUUGGCGACGGCCACAGCGGCAAUUAGACGACCAACCCCCGUGCCCGUCCUUACAACUGUUAGCGAGGAUGACAUGCCCACAACUAGCGCGGCGGCGGCCGAAAAACGGAAGCGCUCCAAUCCACCGCCAGCGGCACAGCAUGUCACACAGUCAUCGCAAAGCCCAUAUGUGAGCGAUGAAGAUGAUCCCAACUCGAACGUGCGCCUGAAUGAGGUGAAUGGGACGCGGUUGCCACACAUCCAGCCGAUACCCAGGCGACGCCCGACGGUCCACCUGAAUAAGGAGGCCAUGGAUAUCUAUUUGGCAGGGACCACGGGCGGAUAAUAUUUUGUAACUUGUAAACCAUACUCUUAGCUUAUAAUUAGUGUACAUAGUUGAAUUAAAUUCACCCAAA